CGAGAAUAUUACGCCUGGAGUUCCAGCUGUCUAGCACCAAGCGGGUGAUUCAAGCAUGUGAUCUGGAGGACUUUAUGAGUUCUAGUGUGAUGCAUUGAGAGGGAGCCGGCACUGUGGUGGAAGUGGUGCGUUGUAGAGUGAGGGAAAGAGAGCGUGCCAACGACAAGUGUCUUCGUGACUAUAGCCGCCGUCCAGCUUCUGCUAUCAAUGCCAGCGUCACGUUUGCCUCUGCGUGACUGACUGCUCCAUGCGGACUUGCAGAAAUGCUCCACCUGAUCUUGUCGACUGUGUUGAUUUCAACAAUCAUAACAGGCACGGCUGCACCUGCGAAAUCAGCUGUGACAUGCCAAGUGCCACACAUCGCUAAUGGCACUCGCCUCAGCAAUGUCCUCCGCUGGAACGAAACGGUCAGGUUCUCGUGUCACGCUGGUUUCCACGAGGGCGGUCUCUCGGCUAGAUGUGAUGCUGACGGUAAUCUGACGCAGACGCCGACAUGCAAUGCCAAUCCAAGAACACUUCCCAUGGUGGUCGCCAACAACGCUAGCCUAACCGGCAGCCACACGGAUCCGGAAACUACCCCACUGACCACCACUCACAGCAGCACCACCAUUGCCCCGAGUGUCACGCCAGCCCUGACUUCACCUCCUGAACAAACAUCAAACAACCGCAGCACCGUUGAUGAUGAUGCAUCCGUAGACUCACUGCCAGCAGUAAAUAGCACCGAGACAGAUAUGCACAAACUUGACAACAACACUAAUAACGAUAUCUGGAUAGAACCAUCCGGGAACGGAUCAGUUGCUGCCACAAAUACUUCACUUUUAGGCACAGACAAUAACACUGAGAGUACCGGCUCUGGUUUCAACACAAUAAAUUGGAUGUGGACAUCCACAGCCGCCUCGAUCAAUAUGUACACAAAUGAACCGGACAUGGGAUUAGCCGACGCAGGUGUUGGUCCGGCGGGUGACAACGGCCAGGGAGAUUACUGGUGGCUGGUGGCCGGUGUCCUAGCGUGUCUUGUACUCGCUGUCGGCCUCUUCCUGUUCCUGGUGCCGCGCCGCAGACCGGAGGGCCAGAUCAGUCCCUGCGAGUCGACCUGCAGCAAACCGAGCAUGUCGUACUCGUCCAGCAACAGCAGUAUCCGAAUCAGAGGACACCGAAUGUCUGCUUCGAACAUGAGUGGAACCCAAUCUUACAGAUGUGCCGUUGACUCGUACAGUGAUCGUGGCAGCCUAGGCAAGCACGGCAGUUUAAGCCGCAAGGCCUCGGCUGAAUUCCGACUGGAACGGGGGUGGAGUAGCCAUUCACGAGUGGCACCAGCGUACAUGAAGAGACGCUCUCUCCACGAAGACUGCUCCUCUCGUCGCCGGCCGUUCUGCAAGACGAGAUCAUUCGACCAGUACGGUGUCAACCAGUACAAUGGAGCUGCUAACACGGCCAGUAACUGCGCCGAUCGUCCUCGCAAGCACGUCAUCACACGCCGCAGCGCCGGCAACGCUUCGAGCACACGUUCGCUAAUGACGCAAUUGUCCAGCAAUGCAUCAUCGCUCCGGACGACAAUAAGCCACCUGGUUGACGAGCCCUACACUCUCCCCGGUAAUCAAGCAAUCAACCCGUCUGCCAUGAAAGCACGCAAAAUGCUGGCAAGACAGGCCGUGGACGGUGCCAUGAGUGACUGCAUACAUCCGACUGACCUGUCACUCAAACCGACAGUGCGGGAAAGGCUAGAACGGUUGGAAAUGAUCUCCCAGCACUCAUACAGUGACUCUGGAAAUGGAGACUUAGACAGCCAGCCUAUGUCAGUAACGUCUUUUCCCGAAAGCCCACGGCAUCUGGACAGUGACAAUCUGGCCUCACCUACCUAUUCCAACUUUCUGAAAACUCAAGCCCACCGCGACAAGAGACGGCCAAGCAUAGCUCCAGAUGCCGUUGACCGAUUAGACAAUGAUGAGUCAAUUGCCGAUAACCUGAGCACUAUCCUGGGAAAUGAUCAAACUAUCAAUGAAUCUUUCCCCCGUGUCGAGGCAUCACUCAGAAACUCGCCGCUUUUGGACACCGACGACUUGAUCAUUACUGACAGCGGCCACAUGUUCCAAAGCACAUGCACCAUUGCAGAUUCGACUUCACCUGGAGGUGUACCUCGAGAGUCUGUCGGAUUUGUUUCCCUAUUGCCAGAGAGUCCCGAAAAGCAGCAGGCAGCACUGGAUUCAAAUGAAAGGCCCCGAAUCUACUGUGUUGUUCCUGAGUUUUCCACGACCGGAAGUUUGGAAGAUCCGGAAGAGCAUUAUCGUUUGCUGCCCUCUGCUCGGAACUCCAUCGAGAUUGAAAUACCUCACAAGCCAGUAAAAUCAGCAAAGCAAAUGUCCCACCAGUGUAAUAUUGAUGAGUGUGCCGACGCAGAACUCGGCAGCCCAGAAAACGUGCCCACUCCACUGCCAAGUGACCCAAGUUCAUACAAGUCCGUACAGUCAAAGUCAAAAUUGUCACAAGACACGACCGUCCCCUCUAUGAGUUUAAUGGCAAGAUUGAACCCUUCGUCAAGGAGGCACUCACCGAGCCUAGAUGCUGGUGUGACACAGCAGCUGCUGACGCCUGCUCCACACAGCUCAGACCCGGACUCCGUCAGGACAUUCUUGGCUUAUGAUUUAGAGUCGCCUCGCCCGGAGUCUGCGCUACUGCCCAGUGACGAAAGAGCGAAGUCGUGCAUCACGGGCCGCCGUCUGCGUGACCUGAUCACCACUACUGAAAAGGGAAGGCUGGUGACGAGGCAGGCGGACAGCCCGGCACGGAAAGGCCGCUCACUAAGUCUGCACGCCAUUGGCAUGUACGUUACGACACGGCCGGACAUUGACGGCGAACUGGGCACUAAAAAGACUCACUCCGUGACAUAAGCAAAUCGAUGCGGGGUACCGUCUCAUGGCUCAGGGCUGCCAGCAAGUGUCCGUGUAUUUGUUAGAGAGUAGGAAUACAAUGCACCAGUCACAGUGAAUGGUGCCGACGGGGAACAAAGUGAGCUGCUCCCACCUGACGUGCAAUGAAAAGCAGCUGAAUAAACUGAACUGACAUACUAGUGUAUCUGUUUCGGGAGGAUCGGUUUGAAACAAGCCCGCAUGGCAUUUUCUAAGGCUGGCUGGAAACAGUUCCACCACCGUCAGCAAGCAUUCUGGAGCAUUAUGAACACAAGUCGGUGAAACCGAUGUUUCUUACAAUGGAAUUGAACGCGCGUUUUAUUGUAUUCCACAUGAUACAGCAAUGACUGACGCUGGCAACAAUAAGUAGAUUCAGAGGGAUUGAGGCUUCAAUCUCAGUUUACAACAUUAAAAUACAACCCGGUCUUAGCAGCAGGACCACAGGCGUCCAUGCCUAGAUUGGAACAGCCAGGAACAUUCAGAAAGGCAGCAGGGGUGAAUCGACGAGGUACCUAUGCCCAGAGUACCUCCGGCUGCCAUUCACCCUUGUGCAAAUUAAUUGCCCAGCUCAACGUAAUUUGACAACUUAUCGAUCUACUAGUAGGUCUUGACGUCAUGAUGACAUCAUGAUGACUUCAUGAUGACAUCAUACUGUAGUACAACUGAUGCUGUUUCUGCCUUAGUAGUGUACGGUUGCUACCCACAAACGAGACUCUGUAGGAGACACACAUCCACCACACCAGGUGAGAUCUUCCCCCUAGAACCUAGAGCCCAAGUGUUCUCAAUAGUUAACGGAGGGCCAGGCCGCUAACAUGACCUAUUGACAAUUUCAAGUUAUAGCCACGAUUUCCAUAUCAAGCUGGUCCUCUUAGUCGAGACAAUCGUAAAAUAGCUCUAGAAUACAAGUUAUUGAGAUAUAUAUGGUAGGCAUGACCACCAAUACCCACAGAACGCCUGAAUCUGGGAGAUGAUCAGCGAUGUUUUGCAGGGCAAAUCGGCACUGAUGCUAUUAUCUUUGUUGUGCAUUAUUUUGUAGAUUUUGCGAGAACUGUUUGUGUCGAGUGUCUAUUCCACACCACACAGCCACUGAUACAUGUAGCUAGCGCUUGAACACACCCAUUCUUCUUUUAUGAUCCAUACAUUGUGCAAAUUGCGUACACUUCUUUAUUUAGAAUGCGAAGCACACGGCUUUUUUUUUUGAUGAGCUGCCUGUCGCCUACACUGUUUUUAGUAUGUUAGUGUUUGUAUAUUUAUUUUCUUAUACGAUACGUGGACCCGUUACGAUUUGUAGCCGCGCGAGUUCAGUAUAACUAGCUGUGGCCCACUUUUCAUAACUGUGUUUUCAUGCGUGCGUCCAUGCAUGGACCGAUCGAUGUACAUAAUAUAUCCAAGAGCCGAUAUCUCUUUUAUAAUAUUGCAAAUUUGAAGUUCACAUUUUGCCUCACAUGAUUGAUGACAUACACCGCGCACCAGUGCGUUGGGGACUUGCAGAACAGGAACAUCCAGAACUCAAUUUUCUUUUUGCGCCUAAACUCUAUCACACAUUCUUUUAAGGUUUUUCUUCGAUAAGCGGUCAUGUUGCUAACUCUAUCCCUGUGUAUGUUGAGUUUAGCUAGCUGCCGCUUUCAAACGCUGUUUUCAAUUCGAUGUCACAUAUGUUAUGUAAUUUUGUGCUGAUUUUCAGAUAGUGUGAUCCGCCUCCGAUCCAUUAUGGGUCCACGAGUUUGAAAUCACUGGUCUUCCUCUGUGCUAUCCAUUUCUAUGUUCACGCUGUCCUGUUUUCAAAACUGUUUUCCCUCCAUUCUCACAAUUGGCCCGUUAGCAAAUAAAGUGACGACGUCAAACGAACACAUGUGUGCGCUGGGUCGACUUGUUUGUAUGGCAUUAUUGAACGAAAACCUGGAUAUCUGAAAGUGCGUUUAGACUGUUGUUGUUGCUGGUCACAAACAAGUCGACCCAACGCACACA